ACGUGAAAGGGUGACUAGGGGAGACAUAUAGUAGGCGCACACAAGACCUAGGAAAGUGAGAGUUGUCACGCACAAAGUUUGAUUGGACUGCUGCCAAUCGAUAUCGAAAGAUUCACCCCAGUCUGGCUGGACCAAGUGCUACUACCCUUGCUGCAUAUUUAUAUCGUUUCUCCGUGAAGAACGCACACAAGGAAACUUAGCAGUUUUAGAUACAAGAUGACCGAGCCGUUUGAUGAAAAAGACCUGGAAAUCCUAGAGCAGAUCAAGAAUACUUCAGCUAAAGUUUCAAUGUAUCCCGAAAGACUGAGGAUGGCACAACUGAUAGCUUUUGACCAACGUCGACUCCGUGGGGAUCUUGUCAUAUCUUUCCGUAUAGCCAAGUACAAUUAUGCUAACCAUAGAGAACUUCUCAUCUUCAACAAUGAUCCGCGGUUGAGAGGUCACACUUUCAAAUUGAAAAAGGAAAAGUUUGCCACAAGACAGAGACAAUAUUUUUUGUUCAACCGUAUAUUCGAGACAUGGAAUGGCUUACCUGGUGAUGUAGUGAAUUCUGACUCAGUGAAUAGUUUUAAAAACAAAAUAGACAGUUGCUUAUUUGGUUAAUUUGUUUCUAUGCAUAUAAUAAUUGUUUUUUUUUUCUCUGCAUGCAUUCAGUCAGCUUAUUGAUUUCUUUGGUUUUUAGGCUUACAUAGGACUUAGACCUCAGCCUUCAUUUAUAUGUAAUAAUAAUAAUAAUAAUAAUUCUUCUUGAGAAAGUUUCAUUUCUCUUGUAGAUUUAUUAAAGUCAAUUUCGAUGCCUAAAUACCUUUUAACAUUUCCUAGAUCUUUCAUUUUAAAUUGAAUUUUGAAUUCACUUUUAAUGCUCUCAAUGAGUUCUUUAUCUGGACCACAGAUAAGUAAAUCGUCAACAAAAAGUAUGCAACAGAUUUCUGAUUUCACAUUACAGUACAAACAUAAGUCAUGAUUACUUCUAGUAAAUCCCAGUUUCGUAAUAAAAUUAUUGAAAUGGUCGUACCAGUUCCUUGGCGACUCACGUAGACCAUAUAAAGAUUUUUUUAGAUGAUAGACCAUAUUUUCAUUUUUAAUAAAACCGUCGGGUUGACUAACAUAAACUUCAGAUUUUACAUCACUGUUCAAAAAUGCAGUUUCUUCAUCCAUAUGAUGCACAUUAAAUCCUCUUUUAACAGACAAGCUCAAAAGUAACCGUAAGGUAGUCAUUUUUGCAACAGGGGCAUAAAUUUAAUCAAUUUGGUCUUUUUGUUCGUAGCCUCUAAGUACAAGCCGUGCUUUGAAAUUGUCUUCAGAUUUUUUUUAUAAACCCAUUUUACCGAAAGAAUUUUCUUAUCAACCGGCUUAGGUAUUAAUUCCCACGUUUUUGAAUCAUUCAAUGCACUAAACUCUUUUAUCAUUGCAUCCUUCCAAUUUUGUGAAUCUACAGAAUUUAUAGCCUCAUCGAAAGAUUUAGGAGCAUCUAAAUCUGCUAAAUUUACAGAAAUAAUAAAAUCAUCAUAUUUAUUCGGAAGUCAUCUUUUCCUGACAGGUCGAUCAAUUGUACUUCCUUCAUUAUUGUCUUUUUCGAUUUCAUUAUCAUCAUUUUCCUCAUCAUCACUUAUUUGAAUAAAAUCAGUACCGGGCUCUACAACUUGAACAUUUCUAGCUAAUUCAAUUUUACCGUUUAUCAAGACUCUGUAACCUAAAUCAGUAUACCCAAUCAAAAUUCCUUCAACUGCUUUGUCGUCAGAUGUUUUUCUUUUUUCGUCAGGAAUUCUCACAUACCAUAAAUUUUCAAAUUUUUUGCACUUGGUUUUCUACCGAAAAAGAUUUCAAAAGGGGUUUUCGAUUCGAAAGUAGAACUAUUUCUCAACCUAUUACCUACAAAACAUGCGGCCAAGACAAAUUCUGGCCAAUAUUUGCGGUCUAAUUUAGAUUCUUUUCUGAGACAUCUUACUCUGUCCAUUAUUGUCCUGUUAUAUCUCUCUGCAACUCCAUUCAACUGGUUAUAUGCAAUGCAAGGAAAAAUUCGAAAACCUUCAUUUUUAGCCAAAUUAUAAAACUCUUUAUUCAAAAAUUCUUUUCCGUUAUCGCAUCUAAAUUCACAUAAAGGACCUUCAGCAUAGUUUUUAAGAAUAUUGAAAUAUUCAACAAAUUUAUCGUAUACUUCAGACUUGUUCUCAAUUGGAUAGGCUCUUGCAAUUCUCGAGUAAUCUUCAAUAAAAGUAACGAAAUACUUUUCUCCAUUAAACCCAUCUACAUCCAAAUACUUCACAUCAGAAUGCACUAUUUCACCGCAGUAUCUAGCUCUUCUACGUUCAGAAGCAUAUUCCUUGUUUGACAUCUUACUUUCUAGGCAAAUUUUACAGCUUAUGAAAUUAUUAUCUAAAUGGUCUGGCAAAUCAUCUAAAUACUUAUCACGACACAUUAUAUUCAGAUCUUUAAAGUUAACAUGACCCAAGAUACGAUGGAAUCUUUCCUUGGUUGACAUAUUCUUAGCAAUAUGAUUUGCAGAAAUAGCAUCAGCACCUUUUAAAACUUCACACGUUAUAGAGAAUAAUUUAUGAUCGCCUGUAAUUGGGUAUUCUUCUGUCUUUUGUUUCAGAAAUUUAUCUUAAGGAUGUAGCAAUUUUAAUUCUCUUCAGUUAUUCACUUCACACGUGCAUGUAUGCUUUUUUUU